GAUGAACUUCCUGUGGCCUGUGUGUGCCGCGCGUUCAAAGUUUAUUAGCGUUGCGUUUGUUGGUAUUAAGUAACAACGUGUGUGUGAGAUCACAUUUAAGAUGGAUUGAGUAGCAUGGAAGAAUUUGUGGCGGAGUUUGAGGAGCCGAGCAGUGUUAAUGCUAAGUGGCUCCAGGAUUUGUACAGGUUUACAGAAGAGAACCUCCUUCCACUGGUGCAUCCUGGAAUUACUUGCAAGGAGCUGAGUAGCUGUCUUUUUAAAUGCCUGAGCAGAGUUUGUCUCUAUUCCGGUAAUCCUUACUGCCAACAAGGAAAAGAUGGACUUAUCCUCCCUUUAAACUACAGAUUUAUAUCUCUCUCUGAGCUACAAUCACAGCAGAGGAGCCCAUGUUGCAGUCACUUAACAUGGAGCACCUGUCAGUUUGAGGAGUGGACCCUGGACAAAGAAAACUUUCUAGUUGGUCACACGGCUCUCAGUCGCACAAACCUGCUGCUGUGUGGUGUGCUGACAGACAAGACUGGUAUUACUCAAGGUACUUCAGAGAGUGCAGAGCGGCGGAGUGAUGGAAACCUGUACCUGCAGAGCAAGAAUGGAUUCAUUCCUUGUGAGAUUCUCAAUUUGGAUCCGCAAUGGUUGGAACAUUUGGUCCUCCUUCCAAGCUGGAGUUAUAUUCCUGUGAGCGGUGGAGGUUCAAGACACAAAGGGAUUGAAGCUGGCUAUCUUGAAGUAAUUGAAGCGCCUUCCCUUGUGCUUCCAAAGCAAUCGGUUGGCAACUUUGUGGGACCAAAAGCCCUAACUGUAUUGCUGCCUGACUCAGCUAUACACCUCCUGGACAAAGAAUUUCCUUGCCAAAGGGUGAAGCUGAAUAUAGCGGGAGAACUUUGCCGCCUCAGCUCAGUUUUGAGCAUCCGAGGAAAAACCUUCUUCUUCUUCUUUCUCAGCUCGUUUACAACUGAUACUUGUCUUCCAGUUGUCAUUCAGGUUCCUGCCAAACUAAUGUGGCACCAUUGCCUUGAGGUUUCAAAGAAAUGCAUUAUUACAAAGGUCUUCGUUUCUGGUCUCCAGGGUACUGAUUAUAAAGUGUUUGUAGUGUCGUCAUCGUCAGACUUCUAUAUUUAUACUGAGGGACUAGUGAGAGAACAGACACUGGCAGAGUUCAUGCAUGCUUCAGAUACAAAUCGGAUGCCGUAUAAAGAAUCUUUUCAGAAUAGAGUGUCCAUGGACUGGUCAAAUCAAAGCACAAUCGAAGAUGUUUACAAAAACAAAGAAUCUAAAAUAAUUUCUUACCAUGGUGUGAUAAGUAAGGUACUAAAUUUUAGAGCAGGCCUUUAUGAACUGGAUGGCAAGCUUGGCCUUUGUGUAGCCUACCAGCAGUUAGUGAAUUAUGGCCGUGGUUUACGUCCUGGAGCACGAGUGGAGGUCUUUGAUGCCCACGUGCACGUGAAAGUAUCUGACCAUCUCCCACAGAUCAUGCUUUGCUGUUGUCUGAGGAGCACUUUGCACGUCACGGGAUUUUCUCAGCUGAGUACAGAAUAUCAGCCCUUCUCUCCCAGUUGUAACGUAUACAUCAGCUUGCUGUUCAAGUAUAACCUGGAUCUCCCUACUUACUUGUGGCUAGUUCAUGUUAUAGACACACUUGUGCAAAGGUUUUGCCCUUGCUUUAUGUCACGGCAGCACAUGCUAAAGUGUGGAAGUGAUAUUGGCGUCAUUGGAACAUUUUUUAGCUCAAUUCUAAACUAUACUAAAUGGAAUUUACCCAAGACGACAAGGGACAUAUACCAGGAGAUCCUGGCUGAGUCACAUCACUGUCCUGUUACGGAGAUCUCGCACCUGAAUAUUCCAUGCCAGAUUCCUUCUUUGGCGGAAGUGUUAUCUGUUGCUGAAGAACGAGCUUGGAAUUCUCUCGACGUGUCCUCCUUGUUGCCUGAUAAUGAGAUAAAACACUUGGUAUCUUCGCAGCUUAAUAGUAAGCUUGCUUGGUCUUUUGAAGUUUUAAAGCCUGAAGAUUUCCAACCUCAGAUGAUAUUGAACGGUGUGUUCCAGGCUAAUUCAGUGACGGGGUAUUUGCAGCUUGUGGAUGCAUCAGGUUCACUGGACUGUGUGGUGCAAAACUCUGCAGUAAGCCAGACUGCAUUUUGUGACACUUCAUACAUAGGCUGUCUGGUGCAACUGCAGAAAUAUCAGGUGGUUUUGGAGCGAUUUAUGAACAGUGACUUCCCAUCCUCCAAACACCUUCGUGAUCCAAGAUUUAUAAAGGAAAAGCACACCAGGGUCUAUGUCCAGUUCCGUGCGGGCGAUGUGCGAGCGCUGGGCGAGGGGGCGAGAGCGGCAGGAGCGCAGCCGGUGCCAGCCGCCGGGGCGAGUGGCGAGAGCGGCCGCUGCAGUGGGGCAUGCAGAAGCGAUGAGGUCAGCGGCGCGGCGGCCAAUCAGCGGCGGGGCGGCCCUUCCCUUCCCAAAAUGCCUCUGCUGGAGGAAGUUGUGCUGCAAGAAGGCCAUGUUGGUGAAAGUGGAAGAACUGGCUGUUCACACCCAUCAUGGAGAGCCGGGGACGCGGCGGGCUGUGCGGGCCAGGAGCGGCGGCUGCGGGGAGCAGGUACCGGCGCUGGUCACCCGGCGGCGUGCGGGGGCAAGAGGAAACACUCGAGCCCCGGCGUGGGCUGCGUCGCACACUUACUGGUAGUAACUCACAAAGAUGCCCUGAUGCUUAGGAACUGUCAAUAUGGCAGAAACGAAGGCUUUGAGCAUACUAAUGGCUCUGGCGAGGUUUUCAGCAAGAGGACUAAGGCAGGGCUGGGACUGGCUUUCUGCGCUUCUGCCUUCGUUCUAGGAAGCCCCAGACAGUGGGAAGACGAAGGAAGCAUCGAGGGAUUGCCAGAACUGGAAACAGAUCUCACUCUUUGUUCUGAAUACAACAACCGUACACAAGUGCAUUUGGAUUUUGUGGGUGAAGCUGUGCGGUGGUACCAUUUGAUAAAUGUCGGGGGUGUGUACAGAGUCAUUGGACCAAAGCAGGUGGGCACAUCUGUAUUUGAGCAGUACUCUUCCUCUGUCCCAUUGAAGACUCUUCAGAGUGUGAACUGCCCUCGCAGCCUUGUUGUUCAACCUGACUGGAAGUUUCAGUAUAUUUCCACAUUCUCCUCUUUACGCCAAUUCCCACUUUCUGAAAAACACACAAAUAUGCCUGCUUACUUAGAAAAGUUGGCCUCAGAAAUGCCUCAUCUAAGCACAAUUCAAGACAUACUCUCUGGCAGUUCCUCAGCAUCGCUUGUCUCUUUCACUGGAAUUAUAUUGGAAAGGGUGUGCUUAGAAUCCAAACGAUGGUCCAACUUUGCAGCUCCUGUAACCGAUAUAGAUACUAAAGGUGUAUUAGUUCCUGGUGGCUGGUGUCUGAAGUUCACUGUUGGACAGAUCCAGAAUAGAGCCAUGGCCUUGGAUGUCUAUGUAGAUCUCUUAAAAUUAACAUAUACCAUUGGGAUCUUACCAGGAAGUAUAGUGGUAUUUCGUAAUUUGGAGAGAAUUAUAUCCAGACACAACAAUGUGUACUGCAAAUUUGUGCCUUCUAGCAGUGUCUCUGUCCUUGAGUUGUCUUCACUGGACGGUAAAAGUUCAUUAAGCAGUGCACCAAUUGCAGAGCGGCCCUUCGUCUAUCUUGGAAAUUUAAUCUCUGGGCAGGAGAACUGCCAACAAGGCAUUGUUUGUUGCCAUGUGGUUAAUGUUCACUCUCUGAAACUGCAGUGGGUUUGCAGUCGUUGCAGCAGUAUUUUUAAACAGGGAAGGUGUACACGAAACUCUGAACCCUGUCCAUCUGCAGAUGGUGUAUUUCAAGCUUAUGCAAACAUUAUUGUGGAGGAUGGAACUGCAGAGGCAUGGGUGUACUGUAAAGAUAAACAAAUAGCACAUUUGCUACAACUCGGCUCAACCGAGUGGGAAGGAUUGCAACAACAUGUUGCCCAGCAGGGCAGUGUGUACUUCCAAUACCAGGGUCGUAGUGGUCAUGAACUGCAUGAAGAGAAUAUUGGAGAUCUCUUAAUGCAAUACCUUGGAGUGGUCUGUGCUAGCCCUAUAGUCUGCAGAUCCGUUCAACUGCUCUUCAAAGUUGAGUCAAGAAGCAGACGCAAGUUAAAACAGCUGGAAUCCCUUCAAGUGAGGAUAUUGAAAUGUGGAGAUCACCAGUAUAGCACCAAGAUGGCGCCUACUUUGUCUUUGACUUGUUUGGACAUAAAGGAAGUGGACUAUCGAAUGCUUUGUCACUUGGGAAAUGAUAGACUGAUCCAAUAGCAGGGCUGUUGGCCUGCAUUGCCUUGUGCAGCUGUAGACCGAGACGUAAUCCCCUGCAAGAAAUCAAGAGAAAUGAUUGUCAAAAGUUAUUGCAAACUGAAAUAAUUGAUGCAUCACAGUCCAUUGAGGAAAAGAACAUUUUUAUAUUGCACUGAUUUGAAUUGACCAGUUUUGCCCAAUAUGCUGUUAUAAAGCAAUGCUUUAAUUAUGAUUUAUAAUUAACAGAAGGUCCAUGAUGUUGAGUAUUUUAGACUGCAAAAAGUUGUAUUUUGCUUUGAUAUAAUUUGACUAUAUUUAUGUAUGGUGCGUUUUUUUAAAAAAUAAACCAGUUUUAUUUAAA